UUGUAAUGGAGUAUUUUUACAAUGUUGUAUUAGUAAAGGAUUUGAGUACUUCUUGUACCUCUGCAUACAAUAUGUUUUAGUGUAUUCGUGUGCAUGCUGUUUUGCUUAUGGUGAGUAUAGUGUAACUUCUUGUCCCUUUGCAUAAACCAUGCUUUUAAUGUAUUAGUGCAUGCAGUUUUGUUUAUGGUAAGUAUGGUGUAACACGUGGGCGGCUCCACGUUAGGUAACGUCGCUGUUAUGCAGCCCAGCUAACCGGGCUAACCCUCAGAGUACAGCGGGGUUGUGUUGCUGUUGUUGGAGGUUCAAUGGUGCUCUCCUCCCCGAGGCUCCGUUUGGUUUGGCGUCAUUUUAUAAACAGUAGGAUGGGAGAAAUGGCUUCUAAAGCACAGAUGCCAACUCCUGAGACAGCGCUGCCCGGCCGAGAUGAGAGCAUCAAAGUAUCCGCCAAACACGAUGUGAACGGCAACAAGACUGUUCCACCUUUUCCAGAAGGGACAGAGAUGGUUAUGUUUGGGAUGGGCUGUUUCUGGGGAGCGGAGCGGAAGUUUUGGAGAGAGAAAGGGGUUUAUUCCACCCAAGUGGGCUACUCCGGAGGCUACACACCUAACCCCACCUACAAGGAAGUGUGCACAGGUCGGACCGGCCACACAGAGGUGGUGAGAGUUGUCUUCCAUCCAGACAAGAUCACCUUUGCCAACCUGCUCAAAGUUUUCUGGGAAAGCCACGACCCGACUCAAGGGAUGCGUCAGGGGAACGAUGUCGGGACAACGUACCGCUCCGCCAUCUAUACCUACACAAAGCAGCAGCUCGAGGAAGCGCUGGCCUCCAAAGAUGAAUACCAGAAGGAACUAACACAGCAACAUUUUGGUCCGAUUACGACAGAAAUUGCCGAAGCCCAGCCGUUCUACUACGCUGAAGACUACCACCAGCAGUACCUCAGUAAAAACCCUGAAGGAUACUGCGGCCUGGGAGGGACGGGAGUCUCCUGUCCAAUAGGAAUCAAGAACAAGGCCUAGAGAGCCAAUGACUACGUUUACGUGCACAAAACAUGCUGGUUUUUGCCUUUAUUCUGACAGCUGGAGCUACUUGAGCCAUUUUGCUUCUUUGCUUUUUCACGGGUGGCGGACUUGUUCAACCAUCUUCUUGAAAAAGGUCGGCGUUGCGAUAUUUGCAUAUAUCCAAAAACCUGUCGAUAGUCAAGUCUUUCAAAAUGUUUAAAAGGAGGUGUUUCUCCCUUCAACCAGCAAUGAGGGCUUUUCUUUUGGGCAUGUAUCUCUACUCCAGCCUUGCAAACUGUUGGCUAGUAGCGGCUGGUUUGUUUACAACACAUAGAGCUGUGUGUCGCAAACUGCAUUAAAAAGCCCAGUUGAGACACUUGUACAUGUCCAAAGGAUGCUCCUAAAACCUGAAUAAUAUCAGCAUAUUCCACAUGUCUUAAUAAGGAUAUGCUACAUUCCUAAUGAGGCCUAAUUCAGAAUAUCCAAAUGGAAUAUGACCUGUAUCAAAUUUGGAAUUUUGUCAUAUUGGGAAUAAUAGUGGAAUAUUAGUGUGCAUGUAAACAUAGUCGUUGACAGCCAAGAAUAAUCUGUUCAGCAAGGAUGCAAAGAUAGAGUGAUUCUUGAGGUUUAAAAUGCUUUCGGAUGCAAAAAGCUUUGGGUUUUAAAUUAAAUUGCAUCAGAUUUUUGUACAUUUUAUGCUGCAUUAAAGGUAUAUUUUUUAAACAUCAGUUUAUCUUUGUUGAAUUUGGCCUAUUUUUUCUCACAGAACCAACAGCUUUUCUUUUACAUUUCACUGGAAAGAAUAAACAUGUAAAAGAUGUUUUUUUAAAUCAGUAUACAACUGAUUUUAUUAUCUAUGUUUGUGCUGAAAGAAUAAACUCUCCUCCAGUUAUCAGAGAGCUGUGCAGAUUUCUACCUGCUCUGACUCAGUGACAGACAACAUGAACUGCUGCGUAGAGGCUGAUGGAGGCCGUCAGUCUUCUCAGUAUUAAUACUGAUCAUCGCGGUGCCUCAAACUCUAUGCAUAUGAAGUUAAACUGAUGUGACGCGUCACAAAUAAACUCCUUUACAGCUGCAGUACAAUUUCACAUGUUAGAUACAUGGAAAAGCGUAGUCUACCUGUAAGACAGGUGCACAGAACCUCUGGGUGGUGAACUGUCACAAGGUAUCAGCAUUAAAUUAUAAACUAUAUGUUGUGCAGACAGUGUGCAGCUGUGUGUGUUCACCACUUUUCCACUAUGUUCCACCUACAUGAGAGAUAAUUACAACUUUUGCUACUCAGAGACGGAUUAGAUUUGCAGCUGCGGAUUAAAAUGAUGUUUUUGUUGUUCAGGUUUGUUUAUAUAUGAUGAUUAUUUAACUGCAGGUUGCUUCUUAAAACGUCUGUAGAGGAAUCUUAACAUAUUAAAAAAACAUCUCAAAUCAUAA